AUGGGGCUGGCACGGUGCCUGGCGGCUGCCUUCCUCCUCCUCCACCUCCUCCUGGGUUUGAGCACUGGCCAACGGGUGGUGACUGUUCAGAAGGGGCCCCUCUACCGUGUGAGGGGGUCCCACGUCACGCUGUGGUGCAAGGUGAGCGGCUACCAGGGCCCGGCGGAGCAGAACUUCCAGUGGUCCAUCUACCUGCCCUCGGCCCCUGAGCGGGAGGUGCAGAUCGUCAGCACUGUCGACCCCUCCUUCCCCUACGCCAUCUACACCCAGCGCGUGCGCAGCCGGGGGAUCUACGUGGAGCGGGUGCAGGGGGACGCCGUCCUGCUGCACAUCACUGACCUGCAGGACCGGGAUGCCGGGGAGUACGAGUGCCACACGCCCAACACCGACGAGAGGUACUUUGGGAGUUACAGCGCCAAGAUGAACCUCGUGGUGAUUGCAGACACCCUCUCGGCUUCCAUGGUGCCCCAGGUCCUCACCCGCACCGAAGGGGACACGGUGGAGCUCACCUGCGAGGUGUCCAAGUCCACUGCCCAGCACACGCAUCUCUCUGUUGGCUGGUACCGUCUUCAGGGAGCAGGAGAGCGCCGCGCCGAGGAGGUCCUCACCCUCUCCAAGGACUUCGUCUUGAGGCCAGGGCCCUCUUACAUGCAGAGGUUUCUGGCGGGAGAUGUGCGGCUGAACAAGGUUGGGAACACCACAUACAAGCUCUCCAUUGGGGGAGCAGAGCCAUCCGACCAGGGGCAGCUAUACUGUGAGGCAGCUGAGUGGAUUGAGGAUCCUGAUGAGACAUGGAAGGACAUCUCCCGCAAGCAAACAGGGAGGACGUCGCUGGCGGUCAUGAGCCAGGGCAGAGACCUCUCCGUGGACAUCGCUGCUGCUGAAACCUCUCUUUCUGAAGGUGAUACCUUGCAGCUAAAUUGCAUGGUGGGAGCCCAGAGGAGCAGCAGCAGGCACUUUCAAGUGCUUUGGCUCCUCAACAGUGUGGAAGUGGCCAGGGUUGACCCCCAUGGGGUAUUGAUUUGGGAGGAUGAAUAUGAGGAGAGAGCCAAGCUGGGGCAGCUCCGAGCAUUCAAGCAAAGCAACGUGGUUUAUGUCCUCACCAUCUACGAGGUGGAGUUGAAGGACAACGGUACGUACCACUGCUCUGUUUCGGAGGUGAAGACUCCUGGAGACUUUCACAGCAUCCAAACCAAUUUUUCAUCAGGCAUCCAAGUCGACGUGAAGCCGAUAGGUCUCGGUCUGCACGCCAUGCUGAGAAGCCGAAUUGCCACCGUCAGAUACGGGCAGAGUUUUGAACUCGACUGCCAAGUAAAUGCCAGCUAUACCCUCAAGGAGGUGCCAGUGUCUGUGGGGUGGCUCUUCCAGCCCAGCCCACCCACAGGCCACUACCACGAGCUGGUCCGGGUCCUUCCCAGCGGCACCGUGGCCUGGGGGACAGCGCAGCCACACUUCCAGGGGAAAGCCCAGCUGACGAAGGCUGCCACCUCCUUCAGGCUGCGCAUCCACAACGCCAUGGCUGCCGACAAGGGGACAUACCAGUGUGAGGUGGAGGUCUGGAGGAGGAAUACCCUGACGCUGGGGCAGCCAGCAGCCACCGCCAGGUCCAAUGCCGUGGGGAUAAAGGUGGUGCUGCCAGAAAGCAAGCUUCAGGUAUCUACGAAAGAGAGCUCUGUGGAGAUUGCUGGCGGUGCUGAGUCAGCCAUUGAGUGCAAGAUCAUGUUUGCCCAGAAUAAUUCUCAGUUCACCGUUACCUGGUACCUCCUACCUCCUCCUCCGGCAGAUGCAAACCCCCUGAAAAUCAUAAGGGCCCACUACAGCAGCAUACUGGAAUAUGGGGCUGAGUUCAGCUCUCCUGCACAAAAGUCCCGGUUCCUGAGCCAGAGGGUGUCCAGCAACAUUUUCUGGCUGCGGAUACUCUCUGCGAACCCCAGGGACCAGGGCAGGUACUACUGUGUGGUAGAGGAAUGGCUCUGGCUGGUGGACGGCUGGUACAAACUCAGAGAGGGAGCAUCGGGAAGGACCACGCUGGAGUUCAAGCUCCCAGAGCACAAACUGCACCUGGAGAAGACCAACAGCAGCAUCUCGGUGAGGGAGGGCGAAGAGGUGACACUGCACUGCCUACUGCGGGGCACCCACCUGCCCACUGCCCACCUCUCGGCCACCUGGUUUCGGGGGGAGGAGAGUGGCCGCACCAGGCCCCUGCUCAUCCUCCACUGCGACGGCGCCAUCGAGUACCCCCAGGAGAGCCUGGUGGGCAGGCUGCACCUCCGCCGCCCCACCGCCAGCGACUUCAGCCUGACACUGCGCAGCGUGGAAAAGGGUGAUGCCGGGGUGUAUCACUGCCAGGUGCAGGAGUGGCAGCAGCAGACCCAGGGGAAGGACAGGGCUCUGGAAGCCUGGGCGCACUCGGGGUACAUUUGGCUCACCACCAUCCCGCCAGAGUCAACUGUUUUUUCUAGGAUCUGCUCAUCCCCACCACUGCUGAACUUCAUCCUGUACUUACCGCUGGUCCUGAUCCUUCUCCUGGCCCUUGCUGGCUUCUGCUGGUUCUUCAAAUUCAGAAAAAGCAAAAGGGGCAGCGUCACAGGAGACCAGCUGAUGGAACUGCAAGGGGCUGGAGAGGUCAGGAAAACCUAG